AUGCCUGCAGAAGAAAGCUGCCCAUCAGGUAGUCGUGCGGCCUCAUUCCGUCAUAUCUUUGGUCAAUCACCUCAACGUACGGAAUGGUUCGAUUGGGGUUCUGCCCUAGGAUCCAGUAUUGCAGCAAAUCCGAAGUUUAUAGCUGUGGCGAUAGAUGGAGGAGCUGGAGGACAGAUUGUGGUUGGCACGCAUGAUGAUUACGGGAAACAUGGGCAUAUGGGCAUAGUUCAACUAGAAGAUCAUACGGGCCCCGUCACAGACAUCAAAUGGGAUCACUUCAACGACAAUGUGCUGGCUAGUGGUUCAACUGAUUGCUCCGUGAAAAUAUGGCACGUAACGGAUCAAAUGAAGACACAAUGUGUACGGACCUUAGCACGGCAUACUAAACGGGUUGACCAAAUCGAAUGGCAUACGACAGUGGAUAAUGUGCUAUUAUCUGCUGGUUCAGAUAGUAAAUUAUUCCUUUGGGACGUCGAAGCUAAUUCCGUUAUUUAUGAGAUUUCCGAUUUCUCUACGUCUUGUAUAGCGUUCGCCCCAAAUUCGUCAGUAUUCGCCGCCACAUCGAGGCAAUCUCAUCGGGUUUGUAUUUUUGAUGCUCGUAAUGGUAAUGCUAUGAAGAGUGCCAUUCUUCCACAUGAUGGCGCGAUGCCUCCAAAGGUGAUUUUUGUUAGCGCCCAACGUCUGGUAACGUUUGGUAAUUCGAAAAUCAAUCGUCGGCAAUUCUCGAUAUAUUCCAUUUCGUCUUUCGAUUCACCACUUGCCACAAUAGAUAUAGAUGGCGCAUCGGGUUUGCUGUGUCCAAUUUUCGAUCCGGAUCUCAAUAUUCUUUAUGUAUCUGGAAAGGGCGAUUCUACAUUCCGUUUAUAUGAACUGAUUGCACGCUCUCCAUAUGUGAUAUAUUUGACUGAAUGCCAACAGCAGGCUCCACACACGUGUAUUUGUACAAUAUCCAAACGAGCUCUUAAUUUAACCGGUGCAGAAGUGAUGCGGGUGUACAGGUUGAAUCCGCAGUCGUUACUUAUCCAACCACUUUCAUUCAUUGUUCCAAAACGAGGUGACCAAUUUCAUCCCGAUUUGUAUCCUCCUACACGGGGUCCUACACCAGCUGUUUCUUUGGUUGAAUGGCGUGCAGGAUUGGAUGCCGCUCCCGUACUGCUACAGCUUCGCCCUGGUCAAUUGACCACGACAUCGAAACCAGUGCGAUUACGAGGACGUUCAGGCAGUCCGAAGUUGAUAACGUCGGAUCUGAAUAACGAUAUGAAGUUUAGAUUUCUUUCUCAGGUGACUAAGCCGGAUUAUCGUUCUGUCGAUGAACGAGAAGAUUGUGAAGAGAUCAUUAAGUUGAUCGAGGUGAAACAGAAGGUUCAGGAAUGUCGAAUGAACAGGUAG